AUGUCAAGUCCAACAGGCAUCCUUGCGAAGUAUAGUGCCGCCAAUAGGCUCUACAAGAGCUCGCUGCUCAAUGCAGUCUGUUUCGUAGCCUCUUUGAGCGUGUUCUUCUUCGGCUAUGACCAAGGUUUAAUGGGCGGCGUGAACACAGCACGAAAUUAUGCGGAAUUGAUGGGCUUUGGUCACUGGGACGAGCAGCAAAAAAUUGUCGUUGUUGAUAAGCCAUUGUUGCAAGGGGGCAUCGUAGCAGUUUACUACCUCCCCGGAACGCUCGUGGGAUGCUUAAUUGGAGGCUGGUUCGGAGAUAGAUAUGGCCGCCUCAAGACCAUUGCCGUUGCAUGCAUCUGGUCCAUCUGCACCGCGGCUCUUCAAACCGCUGCCCAGAAUGCGGAUUGGAUGUUUUGUGCGCGAGUCUUGAACGGCAUUGGUACCGGCAUGUUGAAUGCCAUCACUCCAGUGUGGGCAACAGAAGUAGCUUCUCACACAUCUAGAGGCAAGUUCGUUGCCAUAGAAUUCACUCUCAACAUCUUUGGCGUUGUUGUUGCCUAUUGGCUACAAUUCGGCACGUCAAAGUACAAGGACCCCAAUUCGUCCUUCAUUUGGAGAUUCCCCAUCGCCUUCCAAAUCAUACCUCUCAUCGCCUUGUUCAUCAUGAUCUGGUUCAUGCCAGAGUCCCCACGGUGGCUCGUAAAAGUAGGCCGAGAAGAGGAAGCCAGGUUCAUCCUGGGCAGACUGCGUGGAAACGAGGGUGAGGACGCAAAGGCUGCAGAGGCAGAGCUGCAGGAAAUCAUCAGCAUCAGAAAUCUGGAGCACGACACCGCCAAGCAGCAGAGUUACUUUGCCAUGUUCUUCGGGAUAGGCUCAGGGAAACUGCACACCGGCCGCCGUGUUCAACUUGUCAUCUGGCUUCAGAUCCUGCAGGAGUGGGUAGGCAUUGCUGGAAUCACGAUCUACGGUCCCACGAUCUUUUCGAUUGCUGGAAUCAGUUCGGAGCAGCGCCUUUGGGUCAGUGGUGUGAAUAACAUCACCUACAUGUUUGCGACCUUGAUUUGCGUGUUUACCAUAGACCGCAUCGGUCGACGGUGGACACUGUAUUGGGGUGCCGUUGCGCAAGGGAUAUGCAUGUUCUGUGCGGGAGGCUUGGCAAGAGCAACUCUCAAUGCUAGUCCCGGCAACCGUUCUGGGCUAGGCGGCGCCGCUACCUUCUUCGUCUUCCUAUAUACCGCAGUCUUCGGUGCGACUUGGUUGACGGUCCCUUGGCUAUAUCCCGCGGAGAUCUUCCCUCUCCAAGUGCGUGCCAAGGGCAAUGCUUGGGGAGUGCUUCUUCUCCCUACAAUCUUCGAGAAGCUCAAUGAAAAGACAUUAUACCUUUUUGGUGCUGUCAACUUCGUAUCCUUAGUUGUUGUCUGGGCACUUUACCCCGAGUCGAACCAAAGGACUUUGGAGGAGAUGGAUCUUGUCUUUGCCAGCGACAGCAUCUGGGCGUGGGAGGCCGAGAAGGAGUUUGCUAAACUCAAGGCCGAGAAUCCUUCUCUUGUUCACUCGGCACACAUGGGUCAUGGUGUUGUCGACCCCGAAACGGGUGUGACUCCAAGCAAGGUGGACAAUACUCAUAAAGAGUAG